AUGAUGAUGACGUGCCGUCUGCUGUGCGCCCUGUUGGUGCUUGCCCUGUGCUGCUGCCCAUCCGUGUGCGUUUCAGAUCAAUCUGCCGCUCAGCCUGUGCCUGAAGGGUUUUCCAUUACGACCACCACGACCACAACACAGGCACCAACCACGACGACCACGAGUACAACACAGGCACCAAGCACUACGACUACAGAGGCGCCAGCUGUGUCGACCACCCGCGCACCGUCAAGUCUUCGCGAAAUGGACGGCAGCCUCAGCAGCUCUGCGUGGGUGUGUGCCCCGCUGCUGCUCGCCGCAUCCGCGCUGGCGUACACCGCUCUGGGCUGA